AUGAAAACAUCUUCUCUUCUUUCAUCUGACUUUGCUCCAAGUGAUUUUCUUUCAGGAUCAAGUACAAAUCUUGAUACAUUUACUAGUUCUCUUCGAAAAUCAAAUAAAAGUCUCAAAAAUACUGAAGAACAUGAAAUUGAUGACUUUUUACCUUCACCUAAACGAAACAAAGCAAAAAAUGAAGAAGAAAAGCAGCAACCAUCAAAAUUAUUUAUAAUGAUUCAUCAGUUAUCAAAUGUUAAAUUUCCUCGAAAGAAAACUACCGAUUUUUUUAAUCAAGUAUAUAUUAAAAUGCGCGUACAUCCUGAUUUACCAAUCAUACAGACUGAAACAGUUGCUUGUAUGAAUGCAAGCCCUGUUCUUAAUAGUGGAUAUCAGAUUGAUUAUUCAAAUAUCAUCCCGUUAGAUAUGUCUAAAUACGCAAUCACAUUCGAACUCUACUGUAUCACAAGUACAGGUGAAAAACUCCUUGGUUUUGCUAUACUUCCUUUAACACUUUUAGAAAAGAAAUUAAUUGAUGAAAAAGAAUUGCUAUUUUACUAUAAAAAUGAAGAAAUAAACUUUGAAAACGAAUACAAGAAAGUGAUAGGAAAGGUAUUGAUUACAAUUGCCUUUGGAUAUGAUGUUCAUCAAGAAUUUUUCAAAGAAUUAGAGAAACAAGGUCCGCAUUUUCUUGAAAUUACAGAAGAAAUAGUUACUCGCGACCCUAAAUUAGAUGAGAAACCUAAAGAACCUAAUCCGUUUGCAUUUGAUCAUCCUGAAGACAAAGAUGUUGAUACAAAAAUUCCAAAACCAAAAGGAAAGAAGAAAGAGAGAACAAAAAAGGAGAAAAGACCACAUAGGAAGCAUAAACAUUCGAGUACGAAUUGGAUGGAAAAGGCAAGAAUGCGCGGUUGGCUUCCUCCUGGAACAGGAUUGGAAAAUUGGAAGGAAAAAGCAAAAGAAAAUGGUUGGAAACCAUUGAAUUCUAUCGUAUUAUCAGAGUAUGGUGUUCAAUGUCAACCAUAUAAUGUAAUGAUCACAGAAUCAGUCGAAAUUCAAACUGAAUCACAAAAGCAAGAGAAAAGUGAAGGAUCUCAACCUCUUGAUGACCUUGUUGAGCUUCUUCAUAUAUUAAAUCCAGGUCAAGAAAAUGCACGAAUGAAUGACAUAUCAGAUAUAUCAGAACAUGAAUUCAAACCACGAAAGAAAAGAGACUUUGGAUUCACAGGCACAGUUGUCAUUGCAGACUUUGAAGAUCAACCAAAGAAAACAGGAUUUUCAAUUCUGAAAUUAAGUGAUGAUGAUUUAGAUGUUGAUUGCUGUUCUAUUUUAGAUAAAUUAGACUCAGAAGGAGUCCCUGAAGAAACUGUAAGUAACAUGAUUAAUAUGACAGUAUAUAGUAGUGAUUCAACACCUGAAAAAGAACAAAAGAAACCAAAACAAGAUGAAAAUGAAAUAAAUCUUCUUGGAACAGAUGAAUUCUUAGCAAAAUAUGCACAUGAUUCAAUUUUAAACGAAAUAGAAAAUGUCUCCACUCAAGAAAAGUCCAAUUCAGUAUUAUCUGACUCUGAUGAUUCAGGGAGUAGUUUUCUCAUCAAAUAUCUCAAAAACAAAGUUAAUAUUCAAUAA